UAUACAAAGCCCUAAUUUCUAGAAUCCUAAUGACCCGCCAAUGCUACCGCCAAAAUUAUCUACUGAUUUCGUCUUCUUCUUCGUCUUCACCUUCGCUCGACCAAUUUAGCAGUCCCAGAAAUUCAGUUUCGCCGUUUCGUUUGCCCAAUUGGCCGUUUGGAUGAAGAUAGGGUUCAAUCGAUCUCCCAUUUUGUUGGAAAUUGGAUUGGUUUAUGACUAUACUCCGAACUGAUUGUUCUCUCGCUGGAAAGUUUGAAUUACCUUAUGUUUGUUGUAGCUAAGUCGAUUUCCAUGUUAGCAACUCGGUUGUUUUAAGAAUUUUCUGCAAAUUUUCAACUUGGGGUUCGUAUUCAAUGGCCACCGAGGCGACCGAAGCCUCGGCUAAGUUGAAGAGUCCGGAUUUUCGCCCGGUACCGUCGCCUCCAGAUUUCCAUCCCGAGAUUCUGGUCUCAGCUCAUGAUGGUCUUCGGUUCUGGCAGUUCAUGAUUGCUGGUUCAAUCGCUGGGUCUGUUGAGCAUAUGGCUAUGUUUCCGGUUGAUACAGUCAAGACCCAUAUGCAAGCCCUUGGUUCUUGUCCAAUUAAAUCUGUUGGAGUUCGACAAGCGCUUCGGUCAAUUUUGAAGACAGAGGGACCUGCUGGUUUUUAUCGUGGUAUUGGUGCUAUGGGUCUUGGAGCUGGACCUGCACAUGCUGUGUAUUUUACAGUCUACGAGGAUUGUAAGAAGUUUUUCUCUGGUGGGGAUCCUAAUAAUUCUGUUGCCCACGCUGCUUCUGGCGUCUGUGCAACGGUGGCGAGUGACGCUGUUUUUACACCGAUGGAUAUGGUUAAACAGAGGCUGCAGCUGAGUAAUAGUCCCUACAAGGGGGUUUUGGAUUGUGUCACAAGGGUCCUCAGAGACGAGGGGUUUAAAGCAUUUUACGCAUCAUAUAGAACUACAGUGUUAAUGAAUGCUCCAUUUACUGCUGUGCAUUUUGCUACUUAUGAAGCUGCAAAGAGAGGUUUGCUGGAGGUUUCGCCAGAGAUUGUAAAUAAUGAACAGUGGAUCGUUCAUGCGACGGCAGGAGCUGCUGCUGGAGCCUCAGCUGCAUUUGUUACAACGCCGCUUGAUGUGGUUAAGACUCAACUACAAUGUCAGGGUGUAUGUGGCUGCGAUAGAUUCAAAAGCGGGUCGAUAGAAGACGUCGUUAGGACAAUACUCAAGAAGGACGGAUAUCGAGGGCUUAUGAGGGGAUGGGUUCCGAGGAUGCUCUUUCACGCUCCGGCUGCUGCUAUUUGCUGGUCGACAUACGAAGCGAUAAAAUCUGUGUUCCAAGAGCUCAAUGGCAGCAGUGACGAAAUGACAUGAAAAUAGGAAGCAGAGAGGAGCGGGUGAUAUUCUUUCUUCUUUUACUCUUAUCCCUUUCCCUUUUUUGUUGGAGCUGUGUAGAAUUUUGCAGGAGGGGAUUUGUCUCAAAGGGCGAAUGCUACCACUUAUAGUCGAAGGAGUACGUAUCAAAUUUAACUUAUAAUUUGUAUUCUACACGUUGCUGAUGGUUCUAAUAAUGUCGUAUAUAAUUUUUUUCAUCUGUUUCUUUCUU